AUGCUGAACCCAAACGAAGAAGAAGUGAACACAGAAGAAAUCUCGAUGGCCACAAUUUUGGAUUUAAAACCACCACCUCCGUUUGAUGCAGAGGGUGAUAAUUCCUCGCUAGCCCAACGCUGGAAAGAAUGGCGAGAACGUUUUAAUAUGUAUACAGUAGCUGCCAACAUCAAGGAUGAUGCACAGAAACGCGCAAUGUUAUUGUAUGUAGCUGGCCCGUCGGUUCAUAAAAUAUUCAAAACACUACAAGACACCGGGACAGAUUUCAAAACAGCUCUAGAGAAGCUCGACGAAUAUUUUCAGCCACAAAAGAACGUAAUAUAUGAAGCUAUGUGUUUAAACAGACACAUCCAACGCCUGGAGAAUCGGUAG